AUGGAUCAAGAUAAUCGUGUUAUUGUUCUCAUUGACAUGGACUGUUUUUAUUGCCAAGUUGAAGAAAAGCUGAACCCAGCACUAAAAGGGAAACCAAUAGCCGUUGUGCAAUAUAAUCCUUGGCAAGGUGGCGGAAUCAUAGCAGUAAAUUAUGUAGCUCGAGCGAAAGGGGUCACAAGGCACAUGAGAGGAAAGGAGGCUAAGGAGAAAUGCCCUGAUAUUGAAUUGCCAGCAGUACCUUGUCUUAGAGGCAAAGCUGAUAUAUCUAGAUAUAGAGAAGCAGGUAAAGAAGUAGCAAGAGUACUGCAGAAAUUUACUGCUCUGUUGGAAAGAGCUUCAAUAGAUGAAGCUUAUUUAGACAUCACUGCUUCUGUGGAAGAAAGACUAAGCACCCUAAAUUUGAAUACAGUAAAUACAAACAUGAUACCCAAUACUUUUGCACUCGGUUAUGACUGUAUAGAAGAAUUUCUAUCUGACAUCCACACUCGUUGCGUGGAUAACAUCGACUUUGACUACGAACACACCAAGAGACUACUGGUAGGCGCCGUUAUUGUUAGUGAAAUCAGAGCUGCUGUAUAUGAAGAAACUGGCUAUAGAUGUUCCGCUGGCAUAGCACACAACAAAAUUUUAGCCAAAUUAGUUUGUGGAUUCAAUAAGCCUAAUAAGCAGACAAUUUUGCCCAAACAUUCUGUCAAUAUAUUGUACAGCACACUUCCCCUUAAAAAAGUUCAACAUUUAGGAGGGAAAUUUGGGUAUUCUGUUUGCGAAACACUUAAAAUCAGCAAAAUGUGUGAACUACAAAAGUAUACUGAGAAGGAACUUCAAUCAAGAUUUGACGAUAAGAAUGGGUCAUGGUUAUACAAAAUAGCACGUGGUAUUAAUCUAGAACCUGUACAAGUAAGGUUAAACCCAAAGAGUAUUGGAUGCUGCAAACAAUUUCGAGGCAAAGCUGCCCUCCUCGAUCUGGAUAGCUUACGAAAAUGGCUGAAGGAUCUUGGCGACGAGAUAGAGGACAGACUUGAACAAGACGCCUUAGAAAAUAAUAGAACACCGAAACAAAUGGUAGUAAGCUUCUCUACGCAAAUGCCAGAUAGAAGGGAUACCAGCAGUUCACGGUCUUACAAUUUUGUUGCUGAUGAUGAACUAUGUGCCGAACUUUUUUCUAGCAAAGCUUUGGAACUUCUUCUAGAGAGUUCUGAAGGGGUGAAAGUAAAAGAAAAUGAAAGCAACAGAAAGUUAAAAGCUCCUAUUAAAUUCCUUGGUAUAAGUGUCGGAAAAUUCGAAGAUAUUUCAGAUACGAAGAAAACAAACAGAAUAUUAGAUUACUUUAGUGCGGGUCCUUCUAAAGAUGUCAUAGACAGACCAAAACACAAAAUAACCGAGGAUAAAAGUGAGGAGAAAUCAAAGGCUAAUUUAAAAAAUAAUGGUAAAGAGUAUCUCAUGCAGAAAUUUUUCAAAGCUACUGAAAACCCUCAAUCUGUUACGAACCUUAACGACCAUACUAUACAACCUGAAAUGCCUAAAGCCGCCGAAACUAAAGCAUUGGAGAAAGAGAGUGGAAACCCUCCAAAUAAAGAAUCGUUGAAGUCUCAUAAUAUCAAAUUUGGUGUGGUUGAAUCUACUUUAGAAGAACAGGAAUCGUUUUUUGCAAAGAUCUUAAAUCAAAAUAAGAAUAAGGAUCCCCAAAUUACGAAUACUAAUUCGGCAGAGAAGACUCGACCAAUAACACCACUUUGCGAUGUCGUCAAAUGUGAGGAUGAAACGAAUGACAGUGAUUAUUCAGGUUCAACAAUUAUUAAUGAAAUAAACAAAAGUAUGGCUUUAUUCGAAGAUGACCCGGAAGACGUUAAUCGUGUGACUAGCAUGAGACAAUUAUUGAAUAGUUCAAAAUUAAUGAAUGAAAACAAACAGGCAGUUAGUCCUGAAUUAAAUUUGAAUAGAGUAGCUCGCUCGACUCCUCGAAUGGAGCCUACACCGUCUGAAAUGUUCGAUUGUCCAGAAUGUGGUAAAUCUAUACCAAUAGUAGAAGUUGAAAUGCACUCCGAUUACCAUGUUGCAUUAAAAUUAAGAGAUGAGGAGCGCCAACAAGUCCGUCGAGAAAAACAAGAUAAAACUACUGUUAUUGUUAAACGAAAAUCAGAGGAUACCAAAAAGAAAAAGGUGACUGAAGAUUCAAGUGGCAAAAACAAGUCAAUUUCUUCCAUUGCAAGUUUCUUAGUAAAAAUUGAUAGUAAUAUGCCAACAGAGUCAUGCUCUGAAUGUGGCAAAAGAAUACCUGUAGAAAAAUUUAUGGAGCAUUCAGAUUUUCAUGAAGCUCAAAAGCUAAAUAGGGAACUGAAUAAUAAGAUCAGUCCUCACCUUAGUGGGAAUAGUGUCAAAAGAAAAAGGGUAUCUACCUCACCAGUGAAGAAUAUAAAACCUUGUAGAUCUAACAACUCAUUAUUUAAAUAA